AUGGGAAGCGAAACAUAUGAAGACGCUAUCGAAGCUCUAAAGAAGCUUCUCACUGAGAAGGAUGAGCUGAAGACGGUGGCUGCAGCCAAGGUGGAGAAGCUCACGGCGGAACUUCAGAAAGUCUCGUCAUCGGACAGCAAAUCUUUCGAUCCCGUCGAAAGAAUUAAGCAAGGAUUCGCCGCCUUCAAGAAGGAGAAAUACGAUACGAAUCCUGCCUUGUACGGUGAGCUCGCCAAAGGUCAAAGCCCAAAGUACAUGGUGUUUGCUUGUUCGGACUCACGUGUGUGCCCAUCACACGUGCUAAACUUUCACCCUGGAGAUGCCUUCGUAGUUCGUAACAUCGCUAAUAUGGUUCCUCCUUUUGACAAGGUCAGGCAUGCAGGAGUUGGAGCCGCCAUUGAAUAUGCUGUCUUGCAUCUCAAGGUGGAGAACAUUGUGGUGAUAGGUCACAGUGCAUGUGGUGGCAUCAAGGGGCUUAUGUCAUUUCCUCUUGACGGAAACAACUCCACGGAUUUUAUAGAGGACUGGGUCAAAAUCUGUUUGGCAGCAAAAACAAAGGUUUUGGCUGAAAAUGAAAGUUCUGCAUUUGAAGACCAAUGUGGCCGAUGCGAAAGGGAGGCAGUGAAUGUGUCACUGACAAACCUAUUGACAUAUUCAUUUGUGAGAGAGAGGGUUGUGAAGGGAACACUAGCUUUGAAGGGAGGUUACUACGAUUUUGUUAAUGGCUCCUUUGAGCUUUGGGGACUCCAAUUUGGCCUCUCUUCUGCUCAUUCUGUUUGA